AUGGUAGUCCCUCUGGUGACGCAGCUGGUUCUUGCGUCGAGGCAGUUUGAACCUCAGCCUUCCAUGAAACAGCUCCUCUUCCUCCCUCACGGUCCAUCUCUCCCGCAGUCUUCCCGGGGGGGAGGCUGGUGUGGGGGGGAGACCUUGACCGCGUCCCCAGGGAGGAGGCUGGCGUCUGGGGCGAGACAUCUGGAAGUGGGCCCUGCAGCUCCAGGCCUGAUUACAGCAUCUCCAGAGGAAGUUUAG